UCUGCUGCACCGAAAGGCACUGUGUUGAAAGGGUUACAAUAUUUAAAAGACAAGCCUGAGCCAGUAGCCUUAGAUGAUUCAGAAUAUCCUGAUUGGCUAUGGGAUUUGUUAGAUGAAAAGAAACAACAACAAAAAUCAAAUAAACCUACCAAUAGACAAUACCACAGAAAGAAGAAUAGAGAAGCUAUCAAAGCAUCAAACUUUAUGAAGAGUAGAAAGACAUAA